GUUACCGAAAGUUUAGUCCUAAAAAACUUUUAGAUUUUCGUUUUGUUAAUUUUUUUUCUUAAUUCGGACAAGAAGUAAGUAAACUCUGUGGGUUACUUUUUUCUUUUUUUAAAAAAGGAGUUUUGGAAGCAUGUCGGCGAAGAUGGAAGGAUUCUUUCCGUAGUAGAUAGGCCACAGGUGGUUUCUAUCCAACGACCCGAAUAUCCCCGAAACCCCCCCCACUCAGCAUUGUCGUCAAGUCCUCAUCCGAAAGAAAGAUAGAACCCUCCUUUUUCUCAAUCGACUAUCAAUGUCCUCCCUCCAGAUCAGUGGUGGCUCGGUUAGGUUCGUGGCCGGAUUAAACCGAACCGGCUGUAUCCGUCCGAUCGGUAGUAGCCUCGGUUUCCCUCUUUCCCGGAGGAGAUUCAGUAUAGGACGGCCCUUGUUGCUCCGCCGUUGUUCUUCCGUUUCUAGAGAGUCUGAAACUGAUGACAUCGCUGACGCUGAGAGGGAUGUCUCUAGCUCUUCUUCUGCUCUUGGCUUUCAGCUCCUUCCUCCUGGUGAUCAAAAACUCUUCAGCACUAACACAACAGAAGCUACUACACAUCAAGAAGAGGACACAGACGCUGCUGAUGAUGCAGAGAUGGCUGACUUCGGUGUACCUGGAAACAGAGCUGUUGCUGAAGAAGGAGCUGCUGCACAAGUCGGAUACACGAGUCCCAAAGCCGAGGUGAUCAACAACCUCGUUUUCGUUACUUCCGAAGCUGCUCCUUACUCCAAGACAGGAGGACUAGGAGAUGUCUGUGGCUCUUUGCCUAUAGCUUUGGCUGGACGUGGGCACCGUGUCAUGGUCAUCUCUCCUCGGUACCUCAACGGAACAUCUGCCGACAAAAACUACGCCCGGGCUAAGGACUUGGGGGUCCGUGUCACCGUUCAUUGCUUUGGUGCUUCUCAAGAAGUUUCCUUCUAUCAUGAGUAUAGAGACGGUGUUGAUUGGGUUUUUAUUGAUCAUAAGUCUUACCAUAGACCUGGUAAUCCUUACGGAGAUAGUAAAGGAGCCUUUGGUGAUAAUCAGUUCCGGUUCACGUUACUUUGCCAUGCAGCGUGUGAAGCUCCUCUCGUGCUGCCUCUUGGAGGUUUCACUUACGGAGAGAAGUCUCUCUUCCUUGUCAAUGACUGGCAUGCCGGACUUGUUCCCAUACUUUUGGCUGCAAAGUAUCGCCCAUACGGAGUUUAUAAAGAUGCAAGAAGCAUUCUGAUCAUCCAUAACCUAGCUCAUCAGGGAGUGGAACCAGCAGCUACUUACAGCAACUUGGGAUUGCCUUCGGAAUGGUAUGGAGCGGUGGGGUGGGUGUUUCCAACAUGGGCAAGGACUCAUGCUCUUGACACGGGUGAAGCUGUUAAUGUUCUCAAGGGUGCUAUUGUGACCUCUGACCGUAUCAUUACAGUGAGCCAGGGAUAUGCAUGGGAAAUCACUACUGUUGAAGGUGGUUACGGUCUUCAAGAUUUGCUAUCUAGUCGGAAGAGUGUUAUAAACGGGAUCACUAAUGGAAUCAAUAUUGAUGAGUGGGAUCCGUCCAAGGAUGAAGACAUUCCUUUUCAUUACUCUGUUGAUGAUUACUCCAACAAGGUCAAAUGCAAAAUGGCACUACAAAAGGAACUUGGUCUCCCUAUCAGGCCUGACUGUCCUAUGAUUGGGUUUAUAGGAAGACUUGAUUACCAGAAGGGCAUUGAUCUGAUCCAAGCUGCUGGUCAUGAUCUCAUGGUGGAUGACAUUCAAUUCGUCAUGCUUGGUUCAGGUGAUCCAAAAUGUGAAAGCUGGAUGAGAAGUAUGGAGGAAACAUACAAAGACAAAUUCCGCGGUUGGGUUGGGUUCAAUGUUCCCAUCUCUCAUCGCAUCACUGCCGGAUGUGACAUUCUUCUGAUGCCAUCAAGAUUCGAACCAUGUGGUUUAAAUCAGUUAUAUGCAAUGAGAUAUGGAACCAUUCCCGUCGUUCAUGCCACAGGAGGACUCAGGGAUACUGUUGAGAAUUUCAAUCCUUAUGCAGAAGGUGGAGCUGGUUCUGGUACAGGAUGGGUUUUCUCUCCAUUGUCAAAAGAUAGCAUGGUGUCGGCAUUGAGGUUGGCUGCAGCAACGUACAGGGAGUAUAGAGAGUCAUGGGAAGGAUUGAUGAGAAGAGGAAUGAGCAGAAACUAUUCUUGGGAAAACGCUGCCGUUCAGUACGAGCAAGUGUUCCAGUGGGUUUUCAUGGACCCUCCCUACAUCAACUAGAUCCGAACCAAACUGAGUUGGAUCCGAUCAGACCAGACCAAUCCGAAAAUCUAUGGUGUUCAUUUGCACAAUGAACCAUGUAUCUAUGUUAUUAUAAAUAUAAAUUAUAACUAUCAUGUCUUUUUUCCGUUUCGGGGAGGUAUAGAAUUCUAGUUAUGAUGAGGCAAUACUUUGGUUCAUUUCUUGGGUUUUACGAAGAUAAUGUUUAUCUUUGAACUUGAUGUGUCUUUGACUAUUUAAUUGAAUGCGUAGUCUGAUGAAA